AGUGCCAAGGUUUCCUGUGCAAAAUAUCUGUUCGUCGGCGUCACUUCCACCACCCCGUCGAUAGGGUUCCGGCGACUCCGCAUGGCCGGUCGCCACCGUAACCCGCUACCCUCCUCCUUCUCCCGCGGCGCCGGCGGCGGUAACCACCCGCACCCUCCUCCGCUCCAUCACCCCCAUCUCCCGCCUCACCACCUCGACGAAUUCCGCGAGCCGCCGCGCCUCCCCCCGCACCACCUCGAUGACUUCCGAGACCCACCCCGCCUGCCACCUGGCCACCCCGAAAGCUUCAGAGAGCAUCCUCCUCCGCCGCGCCACCACUUCGCGGGUCACGGCGGCGGGCAUCUGCCCCCGGCUUCGCACGUGGUUGCGGCGCUGGAAGAGCGUAUCGGCGCGGAGAUUGAUGAGGCGCACGCUCUGCUCGGACAGAACCAGCGGCUUGCUGCGACGCACGUGGCGCUCGUGCAGGAGGUCUCCGUCGUGCGGCACGAGCUUCGCCGCACUGCUCGCGCCAUCGGCGCUGCCCAGCAAGAGGCAGACCUCCGUAUUCGUGAGGUAUAUGAGAGAUUAAUGAAAAUGGAAGCAGAGCUCCGAGUAGCAGACGAAAUGAGAGCGGAGCUUGCACAUGUUCGUAUGGACAUUCAACAGCUGGGUGCAACAAGGCAGGAACUCAUGGGUCAGAUUCAGGGAUACACACAAGAUUUGGCUCGUUCAGCAGUGGACUUGCAGCAGGUGGCUGCAGUAAAAGCUGAGACCCAAGAACUCAGGCAUGAAACACAACAUUUAAGAUCUGGUAUUGAGCUAGAGAAGAAAGGAUAUGCCGAGAGUUACGAGCAAGGUCAAGAGAUGCAGAAGAAAUUGGUUUCAGUUGCUUCUGAAGUGGAGAAACUUCGUGCUGAGGUUGUUAAUGCAGAGAAGAGGUCACGAGCUGCUGUUUCAGCAAGCAAUCAAGGCUAUGCUGGAAGCUAUGGAAAUCCUAAUGCGAAUUAUCCAGCAAAUCCUUACAAUGCUGGAUACAACAUGAAUCAAGCAAAUGUUGCCGAAUCUGGUCCCCAGUAUGGGGCUGGUUCAACCCACAGUUCUUGGGGCGGCUACGACAUGCAAAGAGCUUCAGGACGAAGAUGAAUACCGACAUUUUCUUUUCUGGUUUCUGGCACAGCCUAGUGAUUUCUGUGCAACGAUGAUUCAUGGUGUGUCAGAUAUCAAUGGUGUAUUUGUUGGCCCUAAUUUGAGUAUUCUAUACAUUGUAGCACAUGUUACAUAAACUCAUAGGACGCUGCAAAAUUGCAUUCUGUGCACAUGUACCUUGUCACUUAACGCAGUUGCCAUUGAGACUACUGAUGAAGCGAUUCUGGGUAA